GACGACAAUAUUUCCACUAUAAAAUGGUAAUUACAUUACACAAAGCCAAACAAAUAAAUUGCAUUUCCGGGUUGUCCACGUUCGCGAAUUUCACCGCAAUACUCCAGUAGGAACAUCAGCUGAUACACAGUCAAACUGGUUUCACUUGUCAGUUGUGUUUUACGAGGGCUAAGGGCAUCCUCAACAGUUGGGCGGACUUUUUUGAAAAACAUACAUACCUCAAACAUUAUGGCGAAGUACAAUGUGUUGUUUGUUCUUGGCGGUCCAGGGGCUGGAAAAGGAACACAGUGUGACUACAUUGUCAGGGAUUAUGAUUUUGUACAUUUGAGUGCAGGAGAUUUGUUACGUGAGGAAAGACAAAGACCGGGAUCUCAGUAUGGCGAGGAGAUUGAGGGACAUAUACGCAGUGGAACUAUAGUACCUGUACAGAUCACAUGCUCACUGCUUCAACGUGCAAUGGAGAAUAGUGGCAGAAAGAAUUUUCUGAUUGAUGGUUUCCCUAGAAAUAAGGAUAAUUUGGAAGGCUGGAAUAAAGCUAUGGAAGAAGUGGCAGAUGUAAAAAGAGUCUUGUUUUUUGAUUGUGAUGAAAAAGUAUGUGUAGAUAGAUGUCUUAAUAGAGGAAAGACAAGUGGAAGGUCAGAUGACAAUGAAGAAAGCUUAAAAAAAAGAAUCCAUACAUACAAUACUUCAACCAUGCCAAUUAUUGAACAUUACCGAAAACUUAAUCUUGUCAGUGAGCUACAUGCAGAACAAACGCCAGAUGAGGUGUUUGGGGAUGUAAAGAAAGUAUUAGACGAUCUAACACUGUGAAGUGCUUGGAAUUGUUAUAUUUAUAUAAUCUGCAUCACAUGCGGGGAUUUUAAAUAUAUUGUAUGGUUUUUAAAUUACAUAAGUGAUUUUAGAGGCAUAUAGUUUUAGAUAAUGGAUAUCUCAGAUAAAUGGCAAAGAGACUCAUAAUGUAAAGAGGUUUUUGAUCUCCAACUACUUUAAUUUCAUGACACCGCAAUAUUAGCAGCAAUUUGAAGCAGAAAGUAAAAAUAAUACGUUCUGCCAGAAGUUGGAUUUCUGCUUCACUGGAAUGAAUACAGUUUUGGAAUAUCAAAUUAGUUUUUUAUUUGUUAAAAACUGUAGUUUAAUUCACAUAUCUUGUUACAGAGUUUUUACAUACUUUGAUGUAUAAGUGGUGUAACUUUAUAUUAUUUUAUCACAGUGUUGACUCCAUUGUUUUAUCAGACUGUGUAAUGACAUUAAUUAUCUCUUGUGUUGUCAUAAAGCAUGUUUAAAGGGGAAAAAAUGUAAAUUGAAAAAAUGAAAGUUCCAUUAAUGAAAUUAAUUACACAAUAGAUUUCUAAAUUAAGAAUUAAUGAUGUAGUAAAAUUGUUAAUAAACAUGUCUUUGAGUUCACAGUUACCCAUUACUAGAUCUUUGUGCAGUUACAUCGACCCUCUGUUACAAGGUCAUUAUGAAAAAUUCAAAAUUACUCGUGCCCUUUGAAUAACAAUGUAUUGGUAAAUGUUAGCAAAAUAGUCACAAAUAUUUUCCAGUUCACCCGACACUUCUAGCAGAAAGUAUAUGAAGAACUUUGUUAGAGAAUGUCAGUUGAACUGUAGAAGUCAUAUCAUACAGGGAAAUGUUGCUUAAUGUUUUGUUGAGUGUUAUUUAUUUCUAUACAUGCAUUCUGAUAUUAUAUUCUGCAUAUGACCUUUUGUUUAAAUCAGUAUUAGCAGUUUGAUAAAAGUGUAUGUUAUUGUAACAACAAUUAGUAUAAGCAGAACACACACAUUUUUUAAGUGCAAUACUACAAAUAUAAAAAUUUGACAAGCUUAAAGCGGACAUGUUACUGUCUAUAUAGAAGCUAAUUUACCUGCAUCCAUGAGCAUUUAAUAUUAGAUUAACCACAGGAUCAUCUGUUUUAGCCUGUUUUUGGAAAUUAAUUUGUAACCCAGGCAGUGCACUUAACCAUUUGUUAGUCCACCAAUGUUCACUGCUGACUACUAAGUUUUUACCCAUUUUAUUCCUUUUUAUACACUUUAUUGUUGUCUGUUAAUGUCUUGGUUUAAGAUGUUUUUACCACCCUUGGUUCUGAUACUUUGAAUGAUGUUGUCCAGAGACAUGAAUACUUCUUCUGUUAAAAUGGCAUUGAUUUGCUGGGUCAUUUGAGCUCAAAACUAAAAUAUUUAAUCCCAAAAUGAGGUAAUUUUCUUUAUAACAUAGUGUUGAAUACAACACCACUUGGUAAAGAGGGUAAGUUUUCAGUUUCAAGUUUCUACUGGUGCAGACUUGUGGAAAACUUUGUUGAUUUACUGAGUGUCAUUACAUAACAAAUAAAGUUACAAAUUGUGUUAAGCCCAUAUAUGGUAAACAGGAUAUGCUUUCUUCUCUUUUAACUUAUUUGUUGGAAGUGUUGCAAAGAAUUUUUUACUGUUGUAUGUCAAUUUUGUUUACACAGAAUUUUGUUGUUUGGCUAAAAUGGCUGUUUUAUGAGAAUAUUAAUUAUGGAUUUUCACCUCUGAAUGUGAAAUGAAUGGGAAUUUUACUGGUUAAUUCAGGGAUAUAAUUUUGUGACUCCACCUUGAAAUCCAUGAUAUAGUUUUUGUGUUACUCAUUUUCAACAAUAAUGAACAAGUCUCUGUAUGCCAUAUUACAUUACACAGCGCAGUUUUGUUUUUCAUUCAUGGCAUCACUUGUAGUACAGCUCUAUGAUUUUUUCGUUUACAUUUCAUUAUACCUCCAGUUUCAGUUUGUAAAUACUUUAGAAUAGUAACUGGUGACUGCCAACUUAUAACAGAAUUUAGCAAAGCAAUUUUGAAAACUAUUUUAUGCCAACACAGUAUCUGUUAAGCCAGGUGAAAGUUUUUAGAGGUACAUGUAUUUGGUGGAUUAAUGAAUAUAUUCACCGAUUGUUUGUGAUGCUUAGAAGGUUAAGUUCUUGAAUCAUAUGUAUAUCUUAUGCUUGUGACUAGAUGGGAUUUCUUUUUAGAAAAUAGAAUGAAAAAACAUC